AUCCGGGGACCCGCGCGGCCGCCGCCUCCCGCGCGCACGCUCGGCCAUGGCGGAGGCCUCCUCGCUGGAGAGGCAGAGUCCUCGAGUGGCCUCCUGCCUUGCACAUAGCCUGUGCCCUCGGGAGCCCAGCUUGCAGACCACGGCAGUGGUAUCCAUGGGCUCUGCAGACCAUCAGUUCAACAUCGCUGAGCUCCUGUCCCAGAACUACAGCCUCCGAGAGGGGUGUGCCGAGGCCCCCCAGUGUCCUGACAAGCCGGAGGAGGAGCUGGACAAGGACUUCAUCGCCCAGAGCGGUGACAUGCCCCUGGAUGAGCUGCUUGCCUUGUAUGGGUACGAGUCGUCAGACCCCAUCUCUGAGCAGGAGAGCGAGGGUGGAGACGCAGCCCCAACCCUCCCGGACAUGACCUUGGACAAGGAGCAGAUAGCCAAGGACUUGCUUUCUGGGGAAGAAGAGGAAGAGACGCAGUCCUCUGCUGAUGACCUCACCCCAUCUGUCACCUCCCAUGAGGCCUCGGACCUCUUUCAUAAUCAGAGCGGGUCUCGGUUCUUGGCGGGUGAUAACGGCCCAGGCUCCUCGGCCUCCUCCGACACUGAGGAGGACGCGCUUCCUGCCAACAAGUGUAAGAAGGAGAUCAUGGUGGGGCCUCAGUUCCAAGCUGACCUCAACAUCCUGCACCUGAACCGACAUUGUGACAAGAUCUAUGAAAAUGAAGACCAGCUGCUGUGGAGCCCCAGCGUGCUGCCAGAGCGGGAGGUGGAGGAGUUCCUGUACAGGGCAGUGAAGCGCAGGUGGCAGGAGAUGGCCGGCCCCCAGAUCCCAGAGGGCGAGGUGGUUAAGGACAGUGAGCAGGCGCUGUACGAGCUGGUGAAGUGUAAUUUCAACGUGGAGGAGGCCCUGCGCAGGCUGAGGUUCAACGUAAAGGUGAUCCGAGAUGGCCUCUGUGCCUGGAGCGAGGAGGAGUGCAGGAACUUUGAACACGGCUUCCGUGUUCACGGGAAGAACUUCCACCUGAUCCAGGCCAACAAGGUGCGCACAAGGUCGGUAGGCGAGUGUGUGGAGUAUUACUACCUGUGGAAGAAAUCUGAGCGCUACGACUACUUUGCCCAGCAGACGCGGCUGGGCCGGAGGAAGUUCGUCUCCUCUGGAACCACGGAUGCUGAGCAGGACCUGGAUGGCCUGGACCCCGAUGGUGCUGCCCGGGUCUGCCCUGAGCAGGAGGCUGAGGCAGGGGUACCCAUGGAGCCGCCGAGUGUGGAUGUUGCAGCUGGGGGACUCGAUCAGCCCGGAGUGGGCCCGGAUGAUCUCCCGUCCUCAGAGCCAGGACCAUGUCUGUUCCAGCCGCUGGAUGAGCCCCCUGCUGUGGCCUCGCUCCAGCAGCCCAGCAGCCUGUCAGCCCUGGCUGAACUCCCACCGGCUGCGGCUGCGGCUGCGGCUGCUCCUGCUCCAGAGCUGGACACCAGCUCCAGGCUGCCUGUGGACCUCGCCCUACCUGAGGAGCUGCCCCUGGUGACCAGCCCUGUGGAUUUGAGCGAGGACACUGCAGAGCCCAUGGCUCCUGCACAGAUGGCCUUGUCGGUCACUGAAUUUGGACUCAUUGGCAUCGGGGAUGUGGAUCCCUUCCUAACUGGCCACCCGGCAUGCCCAGCCUCCACACUGCGCUCGGAGCCCUUGUCACAGUGCAAUGUGAUGACCUGUUGACCCCUGGUCGUCUGUGGGCAUGUGGGCUCAGAAUGGACAUGGCAGCACCGCCAGGCCUGCCCGUCAGUCUUCCUGACCCCUCCCACGCAGGCCUGUGUGGUGCCUCCUCUGCUUCUGAACAUGAUGGGACUCAGUGAAGUGGCCAGGGCCACACAGACCCCAGACCUCAGCAUCCAGCAGCACCACAGCCCCAGGCUGCCACCGUGCCAUGGAGUCAACCUGGCAGCUGGGCUCAAAGAGGGCCCGUCCCAACAUGGAGCCAGCCACUGGCCCCUCAGCCAGCAGAGGCUGGCCAGGCAGUGCUGCCUGGGGCUUUGGGCAGGACUCAUCCCGCACCAGCAGCCUCUGCCCGGGCACUCUCCACAGGCCAGCUCUUACCCCACCGCAGCGGAGUUGUGGCCGCCAGCCUCUGCUCAGCGUGGGACCUUGGGGCACAGAGCCAUAUACCUCGCCCUGUGGCCGCCCUUUCUCGGCCCUUCGCCGUCUCCACUUCAGGAAAAGCCGCACUUUAAACCCCAACUGCCUCCUGCCCACACCCCCACCCUGGGCCGAGGUGGGGCCUCAGCAGCCUCGGUGGGUGAGGAGCAGGUGGUCUGUUCCCUUGCUGCCUCUCCUUGGGGCAUCUUGGGCACAGCUCUGGAAGCACCACCCUGCCACCCCCCUGUCCUGAGGGUCUCAUUUCUUUGGAGGCUCCCAGCAGGAUGGCUGGGUCCGUCUUGUCCUCGGUCUCCCUCAUUUUAUUUAUGUUGGUGUUUACAGUUCGGAGUGGGGUCCCUGGGCAGGCAGCUCCGCCCGGUGUUGGCAGAGCGGUGCUGUUCGAGCCUCUGCGGCUGGACUCGACCGUCCCUCGCCCCACCGAGGCCACUGUGACGUGAGACUGCCUUUGCCCAAUGCUAUUUUAUUUAUUAAACUUGAUUUGAAGCCCG